GACCGGAUGAACCUGAUGGGAAUGGUACAGAUGUCGGCGCAGCUGUUGGUGGAGUUGCAGCCUCUGUCCUUGCUGUGGGGAUCAUAGUAAUAGUCGCAAUGUGGUAUCUGCGAAAAAGGAGAGACAAUAGGGAUGAGAAAUCAGCCAGACAUCACGAUCACGAAACUCAAAGAAAAGCCCAUGAUAUCUCACAGAGCCAUUACCAGGAGAUGGAUGACUCACAGAUACGCGGACGUUCGAAUGAUUAUGACUAUGCUACUGCUGAUGGUAUGGCGGCUUCACCAAAUACACACUCUUAUUUCACAAUCGAACCAAUCACUGCACCAAAUGUACAACACAAUCCUGCUACUUCAUCCAAGGAAGACGAUUAUGAUUACAUCGGAGACAAACCAUCUGCCAUCAGCAGCAACUACGAUACCACGGCUUCGGUUGCCCAGUCACUAGGAACUCGGGCACAUUCUCGAGAUGAUGACUACGGCUACAAUCGCCUCCAGGAAGCACCAUGCACCAAAACAGUCCAGAAUGAUUAUGACACUACAGCUACCGCAGGCAGCACAGCUGGGAAGGAAUGAUGACAGGACGCCAGGCUCGCCUAAUGAUACUGCGGGGAAAAUGGGAGAUGGCUCUGGUGACUAUGCGGUUGCCGGACCAAUGCGAUGACCGCAUAUUUAACAAACGUUUGUCAUUUUGCUUUGUCAGCUGCUUCUACGUACGACCUACGUCUGUUCUGAGGAAAGUUAUAACUGAUAAAUGUAUCUC